ACCUUCUUAUAUCAUUUCUAUCAUUUACACAUUUGAAUGACCAUGUAAUACGAAACAAUGUGAUAACGAAAUUAAAAAUGACCUAAUGUAGCCAUGGGCGUUGUUUCGACUCGGGACAGCUCUCAUUUGCUGCUAUUGUCAAGGAACUGCUUGAUGCCGUACACAACAGCGCUUUGCUGUUCGCUGAGAGUAGGCUAACGGUUGAGAGGCAAGAAUUUGGCCAACAGUUGCUGCAAGCCUUUUAUAAUCGUGUAAUUGUUGUGUGAGAAGGCUGGAUUUAUAGAGAGGGGUUAAAGCAACGCAAAUAUGCACGCACAUGAUGCAGUAUCAGCUGUCUGUACAGAAUCUUAAGAAACUUUGGACCAAGUGACACGACUAUUGGAGGCUCGGUAAAAUGGUAGGAAACUGGAACAGGAGCUGUAACAGUACGUUUCAAAAAGAAGUGUUACCUCCCAUCUACGGUGUGGAGAUGUGUGUGGCGCUGGUGGGGAACAUACUGGUGCUGUGGCUGCUUGUGACUAAGGAGAGGAAGAACUGGCACACGGGAGUGGUGUUCUCCUGCAACCUGGUCAUCAGUGAUAUCUUUUACGCCCUCACUCUGCCCCUUCUUAUCAACUAUUAUUCAAGAGGACGACAGUGGAUGUUUGGUGAUGCUGUCUGCAAAAUAGAGCGCUUUCUCUUCACCUGUAACCUUUACGUCAGCAUUUACUUCAUCAUGUGCAUCAGUGUUAAUAGAUACCUGGCCAUCGUUCAUCCGUUUUUCACACGCAAACACAUUCGCCCAAAACACGCCAAGAUCAUCAGUGUGUUCGUCUGGAUCUUUGUGGCAAGCAUUUCAUCUCCACUUCUCUACUUUUCAGGUGUCUAUAGGAACAAAUGUUUCAUAUUUGCAAAUCUAGAUAAUAAAUCAAGCCUAAAGUCUACCUACAGGGUGUUUAUGGGUGUUAUAGGCUGCUUUGUCCCAUUUGUAGUUACUUUUGCAUCAUAUUUUGGUGUUUUGUGGGUGGUUUUUAAAAAUGCAAAUAUCACCUCAUUGGAGAAGAAAAAAGUGGCUCUGAUUAUUGGAUUAGUCUGUGUCUUGUACACUGUGUCUUUUGUCCCCUAUCACAUUCUACAGAUAGUGAACUUUGAACUGAGAGAAGAAGGCAAGACUAAUUGUUAUGUACAUAAUGGAUACCAAGUGUCAAAGGUAUUAGCUUGCCUGAACAUGUGCCUCCAUCCCAUUUUGUAUAUGGCUGUGUUUGACAGUAUCAGGGCAGUGUGCUGUAGAAGGAGCUCUAAUGUAUCAAACGUACAAAUCACAGUUGGAGAAAACUUUUCAAAGAACUUUGAAUUGAAAUCCAGAGACUGAGAUUACAAAUAUUUUCCUGCAAACAUUUGUGUUGAUUUGGAUGUAUGUUUUGGGCCAUUAUCAUGUAGAGUUUCAGAGGAAAAGUUUUGGGCUAAAAGUUUCUGUAUUUAGUAAAAUUGAUAAUAAACUCAGUAUGCACGAUCUGUUAAACAGCCCCAAAAGUCAAUGUUGCAACUCCAUAUUUUAUUUUACAGUGGGUUUGGGGGAUUGUGCUUGUAUGCGUUUGCUAUUGUCAACAAACCUUUAUUUUGGUCUAAUCUAAACUGAUUCCAGUUGUGGAUCCAGGAAUGAGAAGCUCUCAGGAAAAGCUUUUUUUGUGCAACUCAUUCAAGCAGUUUCUUGUGUUUAAUAUAUUUGUUUGAAACUCGACAACUCUCUUGUUUCAGAAAUUAAAACUAAAUCUAAGAUAAAAUAAAGGCAACCUGAAUAAACGCAAAAUAUACUUUUUAAAUGAUAAUGUUAUUUAUUGAAGCUAAAUUUUUUUCCAAUACCAUCUGGGCCUGUGUGUAAAUGUAUUUACUAAUUCCCUCAAUCUUUGAAACUGCGUUCAUAAUGGGGUUCAGCUGGACUAGACACAACCAGACCUGAUUACUGCAAAUCCUGUUCAAUCAAAUCAAGACAUAAAUAGAAGUUUUUUAACAGCAUGUGGUUGGUUAAAAGGUCUUACCCAGUAACACAAAAUGUGAAAAUUGAAAGAAAUUCCAGAAGAUAAUUGAAAUACAUCAGUCUGGGAAGGGUCACAAAGCUAUUUCAAAGGCUCUGGCACUCCAGAGAACCACAGUGAGAGCCGUUAGCUACAAAUAGGAAAAACUUGAUGAUCCUCAAAGCUUGAGGAGAAUGUUCUGUGGAUUGAUGAGUCGAAAGUUGAUGAGUGGAAAUGUUUGGAAGACAGUGGUCCUGUUACAUCUGGCGUAAUCCAAACACAGAAUUCCACAAAAAAAAAUCAUCAUACCUACAGUCAAGCAUGGUGGUGGCAGUGUGAUGGUGUGGGGAUGCUUUGCUGCUUCAGGGCCUGGGCAACCUGCAUUAAUUUAGGGAAACAUGAAUUCUGCUCUCUACCAGAAAAUCCUAAAGGAGAAUGUCCAGUUUUCAGUCCGUAAAUUGAAACUCAAGCGCAACUGGAUUGUGCAGCAAGACAAUGAUCCAAAGCAUAGGAGUAGGUCCUAGUCCUAGAAGUAAAUGAUUAACUGAUCUCCAGUUAUCGGAAGCCUUUGGUUGCAGUUAUUGCUGCUAAAGGUGGCACGACCAGAUUUUAAGUUUAAGGUGGCAAUUAGUUUUUCACAUUGGUGAUAGGUAUUUGUUUGUUUGUUUUUUGCUUCAAUAAUUUUUUUUUUCAAUAAAACCUGUAUUGUGUGUUUA